GAGUUUUAUUCUAUUCUCAAUUUUGAUGUUGUUACAGAACAUUUGUCUUGCUGACAACAAUGUGAGUACCGCUGGCUGCAAGGACCCUAACAGUGGAUUCUACAAAACCACAGCAGGGGAGAAGUCAGAAAAGAUUUAUGGUCUUGUGCAGUGUAGAGGGGAUGUUUCUGCAGCAAACUGUGCUAAUUGCACAAACAAAUCCGUAGCUGUUGCCUUGCAGGAUUGCCUUAAGAGCAAAACGGUCAAGGUUUGGUUCACGUGGUGCUAUCUCCGAGAUUCUGACCAGCCUUUCUUUAGUGUGUGGGAUAAAUCCACAUACAAAGUACCGACUCAUGAUGAUCCAUCUGUUGGAUCGCAAGGGUUCAACUUCCUGAACGGGCUUGCAGCAGCGACUCUGAUGUUACAGGCCAGAGUGCUGAAUGUUGGACAAAGCGGGAAGGGGUAUGGUAUGGUCCAGUGCACCAGAGAUAUUAGCAGAGCUAACUGCAGCAAGUGCUUUGAUGCUCAGCUGAUGACUUUUAGAACCAUUGUUGGAAAUAGUAGAGGAUGGGAGAUUUAUGGGUAUAGUUGUAGCAUGUGGUACCAUGACAAUCAGUUCUAUUUCAGUACCAUGACUAUCAGUUCUAUUUCAGUACCAUGACUAUCAGUUCUAUUUCAACUUCUCUACCACUUCUAAUGAUGGUAAAUUACAGAACUGCAUUAAUCAUUGUUUUGCCCUGAUCUUGAAGUUACACUUGCACUAUGUAAUCAUGAAUGAAACUGAACUAUGGCU